AUGGCACCUAAAAGAAGCACUGGCAAGCAUCGGGAGCGCAAUCGAGACGCGUUUUAUAAUUCCCUGCGAAAUGGCCGCCGAGCCCUCCCAAUCCGAAAACCUGUAUAUCCUGAAGAGCCGACCGAGCAGCACGUUAUCGACAACAUUCUCCUGACCCUCAAGAACUUCGACUUCCAGAGGAUUACCAGGCAAUCAGUUGGUGAGCUGGCAGCGAAGCUUGUGCACGAAGGCACGAAAGACAUUGAACAUGUCAUGCUCCCUCUUGGUCCUGUUGACUCGCCUACUGAUUGUCUUUCCCCAUUUGUGAAGCCGAGAUUUACAAACACAAUUGGAAUCAAGGACAACGGCGCAUCUACUCGUCUUGCGAUUGUACUUGGUCGAAUCGUUGGUCCUCAUCAGCACAAAGAGCGACUUGUUCAGUCACGUUGGAUCAUCCUCCUUGACCAGACACACCUCUUGUGGGUUGUGUAUGCCAACGGCAUUGAUAGGAAGGAUGCUGCCACGAACGAGGAUGGUAGUCCAGCUCCAUAUAGUGCUAACUGGAAUACUGCAUUUGGCGCUCGGAAGCAAUUCGGCCAGAAGGCUAUCCUCCUUGGUCUUCUCAACAAAAUCCCGUUUAAGGUCGAUAAGUAA